UUAAGCAUGAGAAACGCAUUCCUCUUUGUUUAAUUAAAAAAGGGGUGUUAACUAGAAUCCAUUAAUGAUAAUAAUGAUCAUAGACUCUUGUAAUAAAUUCCUUAUUCUCCUAACUUCCUCAAAACUCAAAGCUCCAAAACUGCCAAACCCACCUGAGUUUUCUCUCCUCCUACAACACCAAAACAUGUCUUCCAUCCAGCCCACAUUGUCCUCCAAAUCUAAUUCCAACUUUGAUGAGCUUCGAUGGGUUAUUCAUAUUCGUCGAACGCUAGAGGAAGAGCUUGAGGACGAUGGUGACGUACCUGUUUGCAUCUUCAAUGUCCCCAAGAUCCUUAUGGCAAGUGAUCCUGAUUCCUAUACACCACAAGACGUUGCAAUUGGCCCUUACCAUUCUUGGCGUCCGGAGCUCUAUGAGAUGGAGAGGUACAAGCUUUCUGCUGCUAAAAGAACCCAAAAGAAUCUCCAAGGCCUUAAGUUUGAAGCUCUGGUUGAACAACUGACAAAGCUUGAGCAAAGGAUCCGAGCAUGCUACCACAAGUACUUAGAUUUCAACAGCGAAACAUUAGCGUGGAUGAUGGCCAUUGAUGCAUCAUUCUUGCUUGAAUUCCUUCAAGUAUAUGCCAUCAAAGAAGGAAAAUCUCUAUCAAGACUUUCCUCAAGGAUGUCACACUUGGUUGAUCAUGCUGGGAGGAAAUCAGCUCACAAUGCAAUCCUUAGGGACAUGGUGAUGCUUGAGAAUCAAAUUCCCCUGUUUGUUCUGAGGAAAAUGUUGGAAUUCCAAUUCUCAUCGUUGGUGGCAGCUGAUGAUAUGUUGUUUUCGAUGCUGAUGGGAUUCUGCAAAGAACUUUCACCUUUCAAGAUGGUUGAAGACUUGCCAAAGCUUCUAGUCUCAGAGUGUGCCCACUUGCUUGACUUUUUGUGUGACUUGAUCACACCCAAAGUGGAAGAACCAUCUGAAAUUAUCGAACUCAAUCAAGAUCAGAGUGAAGCUACAAGUGGAAAGGAAAAUUCUUCAUCAGAUGAUUCGAAUUACGUGAAACAGUUCGUCCAUGAGGUAUGGAAGCUGCUUUCGAAGCUAAACAGAGGUCUAAUACGUCUCAUAAAAAAGGUGCUUGUAUCUAGACCUUUGAAAGUGUUGUUUAAAUUGCCUUGGACAACUUUGUCCAACCUUCCUGGAUUCAGAAUCUUGAAGCAACCUGUUGAGUACUUUUUCUUUACCCAAGACAAAGAAGAAAUCAAGCCAGAAGAUGGGAAUUCCAGCUCCAACAAUAUCAUUAGCAGACCUCCAUUGGUGGAGGAGAUUACUAUUCCUUCUGUGACUGAGCUCUCAAAAUCUGGUGUCCAUUUUGUGGCAACAAAUGGCUGCAUCUCAACCAUUAGUUUCGAUGCUAAGACAGCUACAUUUUACCUCCCUACCAUUAGUUUAGAUUUGAAUACUGAGGCUAUUCUAAGAAACUUAGUAGCAUAUGAAGCAUCAAAUGCAGCAGGGCCAUUGGUUUUCACUCGUUAUACAGAGUUAAUGAAUGGGAUUAUUGACACUGAGGAGGAUGCAAAGUUGCUGAGAGAAAAGGGUAUCAUUCUGAAUCAUAUGAAAAGCGACGAAGAUGUGGCAAAUCUAUGGAAUGGGAUGACUAAGUCCAUAAGAUUGACAAAAGUGCCAUUCUUAGAUAAGGUGAUUGAAGAUGUGAACAAGUAUCACAAUGGAAGGUUGAAGGUGAAAUUUGGAAAAUUCAUGAAGUUAUAUGUUUUUGGUUCAUGGCAGCUUCUUACUUUGUUGGCUGCAGUUCUUUUAUUGCUAUUGAUGGGAUUGCAAGCAUUUUGCUCAGUUUAUAGCUGCAGUUGAAUAUUUCAUAUCAAUCCCACUCAAUAAUUCCAUAGUCUAACAUUUUUUUCUCAGAUCUUUAGAAUCUGUGUGCUUUGACAAAAUAAAGUGCUGGUAAGAAAAUAUAAGUGCUUUUUUUUUUUUUUUUUUUUUCCCUGGAAAUUUGGUCUGAAAUG